UUCAGCGUCUUCUUUGUACUACUCUAUGUCCAUUGGUUCAGGGCCGGCAGCAGGGUUCCGGAGUCUGGAGGGCAUGGACGGCGCUGAUUCUCCAUCUUCCCCAUCGGCGGUGGCGACCACCACCGUGUGUGUGACGGGAGCGACGGGGUACAUCGGGUCAUGGCUCGUCCGGUCGCUGCUCCGUAGAGGCUACAACGUUCAUGCCACCGCCAGAGAUACAGGUAAAGCAUCACGCCUCCUGUCAACUUUCAGCGGAAACAGUGGGCUGAAAAUCUUCAGAUCUGAUCUUAAUGAGGAAGGCAGCUUUGAUGAGGCGGUAAAGGGUUGUCUUGCAGUUUUCCAUGUAGCAGCUUCCAUGGAGUUCAAUGUACCAGUUGAAGAAAACAUUGAAGAUCAUGUACGAUCGAAGAUUACAGAACCAGCAGUUAGAGGAACACUCAAUGUACUGCAGGCUUGUUCAAGAGCAGGGUCGGUUAAGAGGAUUGUAUUUACAUCUUCUAUCAGUACCAUUACUGCCAAAGAUGAUAAAGGAGAAUGGAGAGAAUUGGUAGAUGAAUCAUCUGUUACACCAAUAAAUGGAGUUUGGAACACAAAGCCUAGAGGAUGGGUCUAUAUUCUAUCAAAGCUCUUGACAGAGGAAAAGGCCUUCCAAUUUGCUAAGGAGAAAUGCAUUGAUUUGGUAUCGAUUAUCCCACCCACAGUAGCAGGUCCCUUCCUAACAACAGAUGUUCCUGCAAGUGUUCAAGUUCUGCUGUCACCUGUCACAGGUGAUCCCAACCUCUACCCAAUACUGGUUUCAGUGCACUCAAGAUUGGGAUCGAUCCCAUUAGUUCACAUUGAAGACAUAUGCAAUGCACAUAUAUUUCUAAUGGAACAACAAGGGGCUGAAGGUAAAUUUCUUUGCUCCGUUGGAAGCUCCACCCUGCCUCAGUUAACCGAUCUUCUCUCUUUGGAGUACCCUUACUUCAGUUCUGAAAGGUUUGCCAAGGGAUUCCACAAUGCGAUCCCACCGGUGAUUUCUUCCAAACGUCUAACCAAUUUGGGUUUUAAAUUUAAAUAUGGUGUGAAAGAUAUCAUAGAGCAGAGUGUUGCCUGUUGCAUUAAGAAUGGUUUUCUGAAGUGUCCCAUUACAGAAGGUAUAAACAACUGAACCAUGAACAAUUUUUGGUCAAAUUUUGAAGAUAGACUAGAAGAACCUGCGAGCAUGAAGAACAUAGAAUCGCGUAGGUACCAACAAGCAGAGUUCUUUACACCAUACAUGUAUGUAGGUUUUGUUCAGUUUGUUGUUUAUGAUGACUGAGGAGAUUCAUCAAAAGAUGGUCAUGCUAAGAUCUACUUAUCUAAACAUUUAUCGAAAGAUUCUACCUGUGUAUGAUGCUCAAUUGACAAAGAUGUUACUGAGGGAUACUCUGCAUGUUAUUGAAACGUAACUUCUA